GGAAAGUAGUGGCAAAAUCUUUGACUUUAGCUUGGUGUGGUGUGUUGUUAUACGGAAGCCGAAUAAACACAAAAAUAUACUUGUUAGUAGAAGUUACGUUGGUGACUUUUAGCAGACCAAUGUUGACAAUUAACCGACGAGUAACAUCGUUUACGAGAGGGAAACAUUUAAGCUCUGUCGAAGUCUUCUCUGGGUUUAUCUGGACAACCUAAUGAACGAGCUGAAGUCUUCUAACACUUCUCAAGUGCACUCAGCCCAGGCAGUCAUCAAUGGGAGUGGACAUGGGCAGAAGACUGCACCCAGCCUGGUUGCACUCGACUCUGAGUUUACACCAACUGUGGAGAUGAUGGUGGAUGAUUAUGAUGAUGAAAGAACACUUGAUGAAGAAGAAGCAUUAGAAGCAACAGAGGAUCCAGCCACAGAACUAUCCACACUACAAAGAGAGGGUGACAUGCCCCUCGAAGAGCUCUUGGCAAUGUACGGUUAUGGAGAACGUGAUGCAGAGGGUGGCGCAGGGACAGAGGUGGAAUGCAGUGUUGGAGGAGGAAGUAGUGCAGCUAGUAGUAGCAGUUCAGAGGAAGGGGGUGCCUCGUCAUCAGGACUUCGACAGUUAUACACACCCAAUCUACAGCCGCAAUGUGGUGGAGGUGGUGGUGCUGUGGGAAUAGGGAGUGGUGGGUCUGGUGCUGCCGGUGGCCCUGCACCAGAUGAUGACUGUGAUUAUAACCCUCAAGAAGAUGAGGACUGGCGAAAGACAAUCAUGGUUGGUUCUGACUACCAGGCAGGUAUUCCUGAGGGCUUGUGCAAGUAUGAUGAUGCCUUGCCAUAUGAAAAUGAAGAUAAACUACUCUGGGAGCCAAAUGCACUGAAGGAAUCAGAGGUGGAAGAUUUCCUGGUACGUGCCCAAGAGCCUUCCCUGGGUGCAGGAGUGAGUGCUAUCCCAACAGGAGCACAUACCCGUGAUGAUGAACAAGCCCUGUAUCUACUGCUGCAAUGUGGUUAUAAUGUAGAGGAGGCCUUGCGAAGACGGCGUAUGAAUGCUCUCCCACCUGCUGAUACAAUGAGCUUGUGGUCAGAAGAAGAAUGCCGUAAUUUUGAAAAUGGGCUGCGCACAUAUGGGAAGGAUUUUCAUCUCAUUCAGCAAAAUAAGGUUCGAACGAGAUCAGUGGGUGAACUUGUGCAGUUCUACUACCUUUGGAAGAAAACUGAGCGCCAUGACAUAUUUGCCAACAAGGCUCGGUUGGAGAAGAAGAAAUACACACUACAUCCUGGCAUCACUGACUAUAUGGAUCGCUUUUUGGAAGAGCAGGAGGGACACCGUGACCGUAGCUCGUCACCAAACAUUAAUUGUUUAAUUUACGGUGAUCCCAAACGUCGUGGUAGUGGGGGCACUGGCGCUGGUAGCGCUACAGAUGGCCAGACGGACAGUGCAGGACAGGACAGUACUGGCCAAACUUCUGUCACAGCUGGAAUUGCAGUGGAAAGCAGUGGUCUUGCUGGAGAGACUGGUGCGCGACAGAACACGACAGUAGCAUAAAAAAGAAAAGGCUCUUGUAAUUAUAUUUCACAAUCACAGACUAACGAAACUGUAUCAUCAUUGCACUGUUGUCCCUCCAGUGCACUUUGGUUCCUCAGUUCACAGGAAACUGUAUUUAACUUAUGAAGUUUUACAUCUUCAAGGUAUUUCACGUUUCACCAGCAUUUGCGUGACGUUUCUUUGAACUUGAAAAACUUAUGACGGUGGACUAUUACUUUGUGUUGUAGUCUUUUUAAUGGACCUGUCACUGGCACAGGCCAGCAUCUGAGAACUUUCUCAGUCCUUUCAGCUUUAAUUGCUUAAUUUCCUCCUCCACAUUAUUGAGACAAUGAAAUUGGUUCAAUAGGAUUGACAUGGGUGAUAAAUUAGUCAACUAAAGCAUUAUAUAUCAUUGGCUUGCAUAUAAAAAGCAAUGAUCUUGAGUGCUUUACCAAUUCCCAGGUUCUGUAGUUUCAUAUUUUGUUAUUGUUCCUGAAAUGUGUGAAAUUCUGAAAAUAUAUAUAUUUUGCUUUUUAUAUGCUGUGAACUUGUGCUAACAUGUAAUUUGAAAUUCUUAGGUUUCUUAAAAAUAAAUAUGUAAACACAUCUUGUACUCUGUGUGUGUGUGUGUGUGUGUGUGUGUGUGUGUGUGUGUGUGAGAAAGAGAGAGAGAGAGAGAGAGAGAGAUAACUUUUUAAAGUUAUAAACAAUGCCAGUAGUGUUGUGUAUAAUUGAGAUGUCCUAUAUGGAACAUGAUAUAUGAAUUUGAUUGUGUAUCAUUCAUUUGUUCCUUGCUUUAUAUUGUAAUAGUCUUGUAGUUUCCCCUUACUAAAGCACAUUACUCUGCCCCUUCCUCCAUUAAAAAGUUUUGUUGGUUAUACCUGUCGCUGUUUCAUUGUUACUAUAAUGUCUGUAUUUAAUAUGUAUGUAUGUAUUUAAAGCAUUAAGUGAGGCAUCAUAUUAUUGACAUGGGUUCCAAUAUAUAAAAUUAGUUUGGGAUUAGUUAUUUGCUACAAUUAGUUGCAAAAUGCCAAACAAAUAAGAGUAAGCAUCUGGAAGGCAGAAUUUCGCUUUUUUUCCCUAUAGUAUUCCCUAUUAGACUGUGAUAGAGAUCAACUGUGCAACCAUCUGACUGCCAGUCGUAGAACAGUGCUGUGCUAAAAUAUUAUUUCCUUUUCUAGAUUUUCAAUUUUUUUCACUUUAUACGUUUUUUAAAAUAAAAGUUCGGUAUGUAAAAUAAAAGAAGCUGCAUAGUUCUCUUCAGGUAACAAGAGUUUAUUAGAAAGACAAAAUCUGCUGCUGCUAUUACUUUGGAAAUGCCAGUGACAGGUUUUAUGUUAGGACUGUAGUAGUUUUACCAUUUAAACAAUCAUUUGAAUUUAUCCAUGUAUAUACAUAAUAUAUUUUUAUACAGUAUGUUAGAGUAAUACCUGUUUUAAGUACAUUGUAACUAAUUUUAGACAAAAGAGUGUAUAUCGUAUGGGCUGACAUGCAGUUGUUAUUUCCCAUAUAAAUCAUUGUGUUACGGCAAAUGCUUGGGAAUCCUAAAAUAUUACAAUUUUUACUAGGUCAUGUUUAAAUAGUUAGUACGUAAGUGAUGGGAUUUGCAUUUCCUGUAGAAUCCAAUUUUAUGUAGGUUUGAUGUGAUGUGAGAAUGAUGUGAAGAAACAGAAACAUUAUUUUUUAUACCUGUAUCCACUGGAUAUGGUAUUUUAAUAAGCUUUUUUUUUUGCAUAAUUGAACUGGCAAUGAAAUGAUAUAUUUUGAAUUAUAGUCCUCAUUUGAACUCCACUUCCAUUAUAUUUUCCAUUAAUUUGCUGUACAUUAUUACACUUCAUGGAAGCUUCAUAUUGUCUUUGAAAUACAUUAUGAAUAUUUUUUACAUUUUUACUGUAUGUAAGGGAAGGCAUGAUCAACAAAAACCACUGGAAUUUUCAUGAAAAUAUCUAAAUUUAUAAAAAAAAUGAUAAAUAAUUGAAAAUGAAC